GUUUCCUUUAUUUCACAGGAUUAUACGCUCACCAUGUAUUUCCAGCAGUCUUGGAAAGACAAAAGGCUUUCUUAUUCUGGAGUCCCGCUAAACCUCACACUAGACAACAGGGUAGCCGACCAACUCUGGGUACCAGAUACAUACUUUCUGAAUGACAAGAAAUCAUUCGUGCAUGGGGUUACAGUGAAAAACCGAAUGAUCCGGCUGCAUCCUGAUGGAACAGUUCUGUAUGGGCUCCGAAUCACAACCACAGCUGCAUGUAUGAUGGAUCUCCGAAGAUAUCCUCUGGAUGAACAAAACUGCACUCUGGAGAUUGAAAGUUAUGGCUAUACUACUGAUGACAUCGAGUUUUACUGGAAUGGAGGAGAGGGAGCAGUAACUGGAGUAAAUAAAAUUGAGCUUCCUCAGUUUUCAAUUGUCGACUACAAGAUGGUGUCCAAGAAGGUGGAGUUCACAACUGGGUCAUAUCCACGACUAUCACUAAGUUUCCGUCUAAAGAGAAACAUCGGUUACUUCAUUUUGCAGACCUACAUGCCUUCCACACUGAUUACAAUUCUGUCCUGGGUGUCUUUUUGGAUCAACUAUGAUGCUUCUGCAGCCAGAGUCGCACUAGGAAUCACCACGGUGCUGACAAUGACCACCAUCAGCACUCACCUCAGGGAGACCCUGCCAAAGAUCCCGUAUGUCAAAGCAAUUGAUAUUUACCUGAUGGGUUGCUUUGUGUUUGUGUUCCUGGCUCUGCUGGAGUACGCCUUUGUAAAUUACAUCUUCUUCGGAAAAGGCCCCCGGAAAAAGGGAGCUGGCAAACAAAACCAGAGUGCCAAUGAUAAGAACAAACUGGAGAUGAAUAAAGUCCAGGUCGACACCCACGGCAACAUUAUCCUCAGCACCCUGGAAAUCAGGAACGAGACGAGCGGCUCGGAAGUGCUCACGGGCAUGAGCGACCCCAACACCACCAUGUACUCUUACGACAGCGCCAGCAUCCACUACCGCAAGCCCCGGGCCGCCCGCGAGGCCUACGGGCACCCGCUGGACCGCCACGCGCACGGCAAGGGGCGCAUCCGCAGGCGCGCCUCGCAGCUCAAAGUCAAGAUCCCCGACUUGACUGAUGUGAACUCCAUAGACAAGUGGUCCCGAAUGUUUUUCCCCAUCACCUUUUCUCUGUUCAACGUCGUGUAUUGGCUUUACUAUGUACACUAAGGUCUGCCCUAAGGGUUCGGAAACGACUGCUUUCCGCUUUUGAGUUUUAACC